GAAGUGACAACUAUUUAGUGACGGCGCCGCAUCCCGAAGCAGUGGAGAUAGGGUCCGACUUCACAGCUACAUGCAUGAUCAUCGACACAGCUGAAGUCACAGCCGACGACCUCUAUUGGAAUGUGUCUCAGGCGACUGUACCCAAAGAACAGUACACAAAGAUCAACAGAACAGCUCUGAACGUCACCAUUCGUGUCAGCGGUGAAGAAGUUGAAUGGUUAUUUUGCCUCUGCAAGAAGGUGUCGGUCAACGUUGUCCUGAAUCAAGGCAAAUUUAUGCACGGGAUCUUGCUUAGGAAAGGCUAUCGUCCGAGGAGGCCAGAGAAUCUUUCCUGCAUCACUCUUCAGGAGGGAUCCUUAUUCUCUCCAGUUAUCACGUGCAGCUGGGUCACAGGACCUCAAACCAAAGUCUGCCCUACAAAGUUCACACUGUUUUUGAAAGUCAUCAAUCAUUCCGCUCACAACGUGUCGACUGUAGAAAGCAGUGCCUCUGUGGCUAUGUCCAUUUUCCCAAACUACAUGGAGCUGGAGAUCUGGGUGGAGGCGAAGAACACACUGGGAACCGUCGAGUCUGAGCGUCUCAAGAGAGAAGCCGAAUAUUUUGUGAAAACAAAUCCUCCUGCAAACAUCCAAAUCAUCUCUGAGAAGAGUUUUCCCACCUCUCUUUUAAUAACCUGGAGUCCUCCUAUUGAUAAACAUUAUGUGACAUUAAAGUUUGAAAUCAGAUUCUGCCAAAAUGGAUCUCAUGAGUGGACGUAUGUGCCUCAUUCGGACACUGCCAUGGAUAUUCAGUCCUUCAGACUCCAGAAACUGCUGCCAGACUCUGUUUAUGUCACUCAGGUUCGCUGCAAAAACCUCAAAGACGACCAGGGUUACUGGAGUACAUGGAGCACCAACGCUACCAAGAGAACGCCAGAGGACCGACCGACAGGGAAACCAGAUUUAUGGAAAUUCGUUGACAGUCAUGAUGUUGGUAAACGACUAUUGCAGUUCAUCUGUAAGGAUCCUGUGUUAACUAACGGGAGGAUAACAAGAUUCAAAAUGAAGAUUGGAAGUCAGGAGUGGAUUAUCCCCGUCAACCACUCAGAGGCUGACGGCCGCUCCAACCACAGGCGCAUCACUUCCCUCAAAAAGGUGCACCUGUCCGACAAGAAAUCUCUCGUGUACGUCACUGCCGUCAACUCAGUGGGGGAAUCUGCUCCAGCGUUGAUUGUCAUCCCUGAAAAAGGACGUGAGCUUGGCCCAGUGCAGCAGCUGAGGGUGGGGGUCCAAGGAGGCCAGAUGUGGCUGCAGUGGACCCCCCCGAACACUGGAACUGUGAAGGAGUACGUGGUGCAGUGGCUCACUGGAGAUGUGUUAGACUGGCAGAGAGAAAACAGAAGCACCAGACACACUGUUAUUAAAGGCAACCUGGAGAAGUUUGUCUGCUACAACGUGUCUGUGUAUCCGAUAUAUUCUGGAGGGACGGGGCAGGCAGCGACUGUCCAAGCCUUUCUGGAACAAAGCGUUCCACUGUCUGGCCCCAAUGUGGAACUGACCAGUAAAGCGGGACAUACAGAGGCUGAGCUUCAGUGGAAAGAGAUUCCCCAAAACCAUCGACGAGGCUUCAUCACAAACUACACAAUAUUCUACCAAAGUGGGGAUAAAUUACACUCGGUGACGGUUCCGUCAAACACCACCUCAUUCACUUUGACAGGACUGUCAGGAAACACCAGGUACAACACAUGGAUCAGUGCCUCAACCAUCGCAGGUUCAACCAAAGGCAACAAUCACUCGUUCACCACUCUGAGAUACGCAACGGGAGAGAUUGAGUUCAUCAUGGCCGGAGCGAGCCUUGGCUUUCUGUUUGUUAUCGUCAUGACGAUGGUGCUCUGUAUUUCCAAAAAAGACAUCAUCAAGAGGAACUUCUGGCCUCAGAUUCCAAACCCUGGAGAGAGCACGAUUGGAAACUGGUCUCCUGAUCAACCGUCAAAGGCAGAGACGCCAAAGCAGAACUGUCUGUCUGGCAUCAGUGUCCUCGACAUGGACAUGUGCGAUGGAAAGAUGGUGUUUGAUGAAGACAAAACCAGUCUCUCUCUGAAGAAGGACAAGUAUCUGUCCGAGGAGCACAGCAGUGGCAUCGGUGGCUCCUCCUGCAUGUCUUCGCCUCGCCAGAGCGUUUCCGACAGCGAUGAGGGCGGAGACUUGGCGGACACCACGGCCAGUACCGUGCAGUACUCCUCGGUGGUGGCCUCCAACGGUUACAAGGGUCAGACCCCGAGCUCGCAGCCACAGUCGGCCUUCUUCUCCCGCUCCGAGUCCACGCAGCCCCUGCUGGAUUGCGAGGAGAACCCGGACAUAUUGGUGCAGGACGGCAGCAGACAGUCCCAGCGCUUCCUGCGACGGCCUGCGGAGGAGGCGCUAGAGCCUAAGGACUUCUGCCCCCUGGAGGAGGACUCUGAGCUGACACUAACAGAUGAGCAGUCAGGUGAUUGGCUGCCGACAGCGGCAGCCUCCAGCUACAUGCCUCAGCUGGGAGGCUACAGGCAGCAGUGAGAACGUGUGUCACGUGUUUCGCUCCUGUGCCUUUAAAAGCAGUGAACCGGUUUGCUAUAUGUGAGUGUAAACAGUCCGGGACGCUUUGAGAGAGGACUUUGUAAAAUACAUGUGAAUAAGAGCUUGUAGCUGUAGUUAGCUUAGCAUUGGCAUGGAACAAUUACUAGCCAUCUUUAUAGAACACACAUGUAUGUGGACGCUUUGUGCUACACGGUAAAUGUCACGCUACAUUUCAAAACGUCUGAUGAACCACAGUCUGGACCUUUCUGCUGCUGCAGUGCCCCCCUGUGGAGGGGGUGUUACCUCUGCAGCCAUGUCACCUGCUCACACAGUAUAUUAAGUGACGCUGACAUGAGAUGCCAGUGCAUGUGAAUUUAAAAUAACUUUAAAAAAGAAAAAAUACAUUUUAUUUGCAGUGAAAAGUAAAUCUAUAAACGUAUGAUAAUAGUAGUACUGUCGGUCAAUUUCAUCUCUAAAUAUUGUUUGUGUUUCUGUCUCCUUAGCUGGUGAAUUGAUUAUGAUACCAUAUUGUCGUUGUACCUCGUUCCAAUAGGCCACUUAAUGUUGGAGUGAUUAUUACGUUUGACUUGUGUCCAACAGAAAUACUUUUGGUGUUGUGAAGACCCGAUGUGUACGUGACAACACACUUCAAUCAGAGGAAAACUUUACAGGUUUAUUUGCACAGUUCCAGCAAACGGGUUCUAACACACCUUCGCUCGGUCCAUUACCGACUUGGUGAUACAUUUAGUCCAGAUGUCCGUUACAUGUCCGUCGUCACGCUGCCUGUUGCACGUUUCAUGUUUCAAGGUGUCACAAUCAGAAAGUUGUGGAACCACUGCUCUGCAGACUUCACACGCUUAUAAUAUAAUAAUAUAAUAUAUUACUACGCAUGUGCAGUAAACUGCACUACUACUCUCAUUAAAUACUAGCAAAUACACAGUACAAAAUAUACUUUAACUGUGUAAAAACACAACUAUAACCUUGAAUAACUUUAGAACAUUAGUGACAAACCAACAUUAAUAUUUAGUAACACACAAAUGCAGGUUGCUCAGUGGCUCUAAGAUUUGAUCCUGAGGAAACAUGUCCAGAGUGAAGCCACAGCACAGCACUGCCACCUACAGUCUGUAGGCUGCACCUUCACCCUUAGUCAGUGCCCCCCAGGAGGUUGUGUUUGUUUGUUUGUCACCAGGUUUACUGAAAAACUACAGAACAGAUUUUCAGUCAUCGUCAUGGAACCUGACGAUGAGUUUGAACCUUCUUCAUUUUGGAACUGUGUAAAUAAUCAUCAUUCUAAAAUUAGAGUAUAAAUCCACUCACUGUGUCGACGUGGAGCUUUGACCCUGAUGCUUGUGCCUUUAUUUUCCUCAAAUAAAAAGUAUUUCAUUUGUCUUUUAUUAACUGAA